CCCUUCUGCCAAUCUUACCGUUUUGUGUUUUGAUUGGUUAAGGCUUAUUGUGAAACCACGGUGAACACGGCCUGUUAGCCGCCGUUCACUGUUUACUAACCGAUAAUCACGAAAGGGAGAGCAAUCUGACGUCUUUUUGGCAGCCAGGAAACGAGGUGGGUUACCAUGACGACACUGGACGACAAACUGUUGGGGGAGAAGCUGCAGUAUUAUUACAGCAGCAGUGAGGACGAGGACAGCGACAAGGAAGACGAGGCUGUGGAGGACAAGAGCAUCUGUAACGCAGAAGUGCUGGAGGCAGAGUAUACCCAGGAUGGCAGCGCUAUCAACACAGGGCCCAAAGGCGUCAUCAAUGACUGGAGGAAGUACAAGCAGCUGGAGACGGAGCAGCGGCAGGAGCAGAAGAGGGAGAUGGAGCGGCUCAUUCAGAAGCUGUCCAUGACGUGCCGCUCGCACCUGGACGACGAGCGCGAGAAGGAGAAGCAGAAGGAGCUCCAGGAGAAGAUCAAUGGCAAGAUGACCCUGCAGGAGUACAGCCUUCUCCGGGAGGACGUGGAUGACGAGGACUUCCUGGCUCAGUACCGCAAACAGCGUAUGGACGAGAUGAGGCGUCAGCUGUGCAGUGGGAAACGCUUCGGCCGCGUGACAGAGCUCAGCAGCGGCGAGGAGUUCCUGGACGCCGUGGACAAGGAGGGGAAGGCCACUCCGGUGAUGAUCCACAUCUAUGAGGCGGACGUGCCCGGCUGCGAAGCCAUGGACGGCAGCCUGCUCUGUCUGGCACAGGAGUACCCCCUGGUCAAGUUCUGCCGCACACGCAGCUCCGUCGUGGGUGCCAGCGCGCUCUUCACGGGGAACGCCCUCCCCGCCUUGCUGGUGUACCGGGGUGGCGAGCUCAUCGGGAACUUCGUCCGCAUCACAGACCAGCUGGGCGACGACUUCUUUGCCGUCGACGUGGAGGCUCUGCUGCAGGAGUACGGGCUGCUGCCUGACAAGGCGGCCAUGAUCCCCUCGACCAUCCGCGACGCCGCCGUCGCUCAGCACUCCCAGAGCGACGAGGAUGACAGUGACCUGGAUAUCGACUAGCUUGCCCCCCUCAUGCAUGCCUGCAUUAGCAAGCCCCAUCAAAAUAUAGAUAUGUCUCCCUGUUCUUUUCAGAACAUCCAAUACCACCUACUCUGAUGUACCACAUGACUCAGCCCCUAGAAGCGUCUGUCCCUUUUCCCUCGAAGCUCUGAACGACCUAGUCCAACUAAAAUGUGCACCUCAGUGCUGCAUGAAUAUUUAAGUGUCCCGGGCCAAAGGUCAACCUGUGUCGUUCCAUUCUUCACCUAUAGGACAGAUUCAAGAAGGGUUAGGACUCGUGGUCUUUUUGGUUUUUUUCUGUUUAAAGGAGAAUCGGAUAGUAAAUUAUUGUGAAUCUUUUGUUCCAUGUUCACCACUGUUUGUUAGCAUAUUUUUCUCUUACCUCUUGUUUUGGUCUUGGUUAUCAUUUAGUUAUUAACGUUUUGUUUGAGGUUGCUUAUCUGAUGAUUUUAUGCAUUCAGCCAUCAUAUGAAUGGUGAACAGCAAAGACUUCCUUCACAGUGUAUGCACAAGCAGCCUUACUGUUCUGUACAGAUACUAUUUCAGAUCUUUCCUUUGGUAGCCUGGAGGGAGGCAGGUUGUGGGCGGCAUGGAUUUAAACUCUUUGGAAGUAGGUGGAUCAAACCGUGCUGCAUUCCUCUGGGCAGGUUAUGCUAAGCUAACAGUUUCAUAUUACUUUAUCAAAAAAGUAACACAUAACCAAGUUUAAAUGAACUAUUUACUGUUUCCUGGAACAAAAGGCAGCUUGUUUACACAUUUUUGGAAACUACAGAUCCCCCCCCCUUUCCCAGUAAUAUCUAUAACCACCACACACAAAUAUUAUUGUAGCACACUGCAAACCAAUGCACUUGCUAACCUAACAUGCAUGUUAUGUUGCAGUAUCGUUUUCAGCCUGAGGGGGGAGUUUCCACUUUAACUUCUGCAUGGUUUUAGCACAGUGUUUCCCAUCUGGUCCUCGUGGAACCCCAGACGGUACAUGUUUUUGCUCCCUGCCAGACGGUACACAUUUUUGCUAGGGAGCUGGGAGGGAGCGAAAAUGUGGACCGUCUGGCAGGGAGCAAAAACAUGGACUGUCUGGGGAUCCCUGAGGACUGGGUUGGGAAACACCGCUUUAGUAUAUAUGUACACGGUCCUUUCCAGCAGUAGCAUCAUUGCUAGAAAAGGGUCCAUGGUCACAAAUGAACUACCAAGGGAAACCGCAAAAAAUCCAGGCUUGCAUGUAUGAUGCCCCCUUGGCUGUUUCAGUGAUGGACCAAAUCAUCGCUUCUUGAUGCAGUAAGAAAUGACGUUUUUUUUUUUUUUACUUGAGCCUGUAUUCUACUUGUUACUGGACAGGAAUUGACUUGCUUUACACUGACGUUCCCUGUAGCUGUUUUUACACGUUGGCAUAAUUCUUGGUGUCUUUGUUUUCCAUGGCAACUACAGGGACAUCACACUCUUCAGUCAUAUACAUUUUCUCUGUCUGGUCAAUUUGAAUCGUCAAACUGCAAAUAAAAGAACCAAGGCCCGUAUUUUGUACAUCUUUUUAUACUGUAAUAUUUUCUUUCUGUCUAAAAGCUGCUGUUCACAAAUAGUCUGUUUAACAUCGUAUUAAAUUUGUUUGCACAA